ACCACGGGCAGAAAGCGAACAAUACAAGCACAGUCACGUGAUAAGACUGGGGUGAAAUCCUCAGAGCAGGUCUCCCUCGCUACCUGCACGUCAAAGGAUCGCCCUCAAAAUGCAUUCUGGGAAAGCUCGUAACUUCAUAUCGCAAGUAUCCCCUUGGUAUAUAAUAUAACAAGUCUGGGAAACCCGGUUUAACUUUACUCAAUUCCGAAUCAGCCGAACCUGACAAUUCUCAACCCCUGAAAUCUACACACUCCGAAGCACCUGUCGAGACCCCCGCCCCAAUGCUGGCCUGCCGCACCUAAGGCCGAGAGUCGACAACGAACGAAUUCGCGUUUGAAAUUGAAGGCAUUCGUAGGAGUCGGUGUUUCUAUUCUUAUCCCCCACGCCCAUCACUCCAGGCGGUGUAAUAUGAGGUAACUAUGGUUUCAAGAUCCUUAGUCACGUUCUCCCCCCGCGGGACCGAAGUCGCCGCCACAUUUACGGAAGUGUUCCCUCGUGGACAGGAGGGUUAUAAUUUGGGGUCGGGACGAAUUGCGGGCAGGGUUUGGGCGCCGCCUUCGAGGUGCACGCGGUCUUUCGGCUGCUGUAUGCCUGAGAAACCUCUCUGCGUGGCCAAUACCGGUAAGGUGAUUGAAUACAGUUGGCAGGCCCUGUAACAUUACAUCAGUAUACUCCGAGAGCUAUAUCAUAACCUUCAAUAUAAUUUAUUCAUCAUAGUCGCAGCACAACUGGGAUGA